GAUCAGUUCUCCACACUGACUGAUGACGAGGUGUCCGUGUUAUUCUGUUUUCUGUGUUCUGACUCCGGUCCUCCUGACUUCACUGACACAGAGUGGCUGGACAUGCUUAAUAAGAUACGACGGUAUGUGUACUGUGAAGAGAAUCCUGUAACACGUGAGGAAGCACAGCAGACUCUGGACAGACUGAAGUCACAUGAUUACCUUUGGGAAGAUCAGGACAAGAUAACGGAGGACACAAAGGAUAAGACAAUGUAUACGAUAGCAUCAAUACACCGUGAUACACCAUUCUGUUACAGUAGUUAUAACACAGCCAGUGUGUACCUGAGAUCACGGAGAUACAACAGAGAACCUGGAGAGAAGUGUGUCACUAGUCUUGGCGGUGAUCACGUACUGAUACUCCGUCUACAGAUGAACAUACUGACUCACGUCACCAUGGAGGACACGGAGAUAUAUGAUAUGAUACACCGGAUAUUAAAUAUCCCAGAAAAUAAAAUCAAGAUGAGUAAAGAUGAACGAGAAAAAUUUCUAACGGAACUAAGAAGAGAAGGGGAGGCUGUACAUUACAGAGGAAGAUCACAUGACAGUGUAGAUCACGUGACGUGGCUCUGGAGACACUUUAGACCUGACAUCGUGAGAUCCUGUAUAGGUCUUCAUCCACACAACGACAUUUACAUCAUCGACAACAAAACCUAUAGAAAACCAAGUAAAAUCCUUGGCUAUCCAACGACAGUCAGAUGUCUAUUGUAUUGUUUACUUAUAUCUGAUAAAUAUCGGAUUAAGUUCAUUGAACAAUCACACAAAAUAAUAAUGGACAAAAUCAGACAGAAAUAUUUCCCUGAUAUUACUGAUAACGGCUUGGUAGAUCACUCUGAUGAAAUCACAGAAACAAGUGACGGUGUGAUAACCUUUAUAUCAGACGACAUCCGACAUGACGUCAUGUACGCCUUUGUUACGGAGUGUCUGGUGGAGGACAGUGAUCUGGAGUUUUUCCUGACCACGGCGUCACGUGACGUGGUAUAUGAAUACUGCAGACUCUGGGAUUAUGAAAGGAGUGAGGGAGAGAGAUGUCUGUAUGUACCGGACAGACCGGAGAAGAUGUACGACCUCUUCAUAGACAAACUACAGCUGGACAUCAUCACACACUGUACCGUGUCUGACUGGAGGAUUUAUGCCAGGAUCUGUAGCCGUUUGCAAAUACCCAGAGAAGUACUGUCUUGGGACAUAGAAGCAAGAAAAAGGUUCGUCAAAAUUUCAAGUGAAGGCAGUGUGAACAUAUGCCGUGCCAGAGGAAUGAUAGUGGGAUGCGCAGGCGCAGGAAAAACGACUCUUCUUAGAAGACUUCAAAGGGAAAACAAAGAAGAAAACAAACAACCAACUGAGACAACCGUCGGUCUUGAUAUUCACGAGAAUUUGUUCGAAAUUAAAGAUGACACAUUAAUAGAUUUUGAUAAAAAUGGAACCCAAUCUGACAGGACGUCUUCCAGCACAGAUGUCAGACAGCUUAUAAGUAUGGCGGAUUUUGCUGGACAAGUAGCGUAUUACGCGUGUCACCAGAUUUAUCUCUCCAGAAGAGCCUUUUAUCUCGUGGUGGUUGACAUGUCUAAAGAGCUGGAGGAGAAAGCCAUGUUAUACGACACUGACCGACACAACCCCGUAGGAUCUUUAUUUCAUAACUGGACAUUUGCAAACUACUUUGUGUUUUGGCUGCAAUCCAUUAAGACCUACUGUAAGGAUGGGAAAGCUAAAGAAAGUGAUGAAACGAAGGCCAACCCUGUUAUCCUGAUUGCCUCUCAUCAUGACUGUGUCAAGUAUCGGAAGGAAACCACCUCUAGCCAAAAUUCAUUCUAUGACGCACUAGAGAGAUGCUUGCCUAGUGAACAUACACUGAAUGAUCAUAUUUCACCCGCACGUUACUAUGAGAUUGAAUGUCCAUUUGGAGAAUUGAAUGUACACCAGGAAGAAGCAAUAGAACAAGUCAGAAAUUGUAUUGUUCGUACAGCAAAAAGUCUUCCACACUGGGGUGAAAAAAUUCCCCACAUAUGGUAUAUAUUUGAGCGAUUUGUACAAGAACGAAAGGCAAAGAGAAUUAUCAGCUUAUAUGGCCUAAAACGUGAGAAAGAAUUUAAAAUCCUUAAAGAAAAUGAGUUGGAUGAUAUGCUCAGAUACUUUUCGGAGGUGGGCCAGAUAAUCUAUUUCUCAGAAGAGGGACUGAGAGACAACAUAAUAUUAGACGUUGGUUGGUUUGUAGACGCUUUUAAGAAUAUCAUAACAGACCCUACUCACGCUCGCUCAGCAUGCAGCAGGGUUAAAGAGUGGGACAUUUUCAUGAAGAAUGGGAUGAUUUCAGAUUCAACACUGGUCAGGGUGUGGAGGGAAAACCAAAAGGAAUCAUAUGUUCUCGAAAAGGAUCAUAUCAUACCAUUCAUGGAGAAACUUGGCAUUCUUGCAGAAAUGAAAACCCAAGAAGUUGAAGGGAAAGGUGCGGGAUUCUUUGGAAAUAGACAAGAAUCCUUGUACUACAUCCCUAGUAUUAAUAAGACUGACUUCUCAACAGAAGGCUUUGAUUUCUUCAACGACGGAUUUAAAACUCCGAUUUUGGUCUUUUUUUUCAAAACAUUUAUUCCGCAUUUCUUUUUUUUUAGACUUGUUGCAAUCUGUUUUUCGAAAUGGGAAUUACUAAGUGAGAAAUGGCUCUGUAAAAACAUUGCUUUUUACAAGGAAAAGGGAGGUGAUAUUAACAUUGCUAUUGCUGUUAAUAAGACUUCCAUUCAAUUGCAAGCGUUUACUCCAGAUGAUAAAAUCAAUUUAACAAGCGCAGAUACCAAGAAGAUCAGAAUUCAAAUUGAAGAUUUGCUUAGGGAGGUUACCACUACUUUCCAUCAUCAACUUCUCUAUGAAGUUGGAUACCCUUGUAGAGAUAUAAAUAUCACUGAAGAAGACGAGGAUUGUUUCUUAUCAGAGAGAACAGUUGCCGAGCUAAAAACGAAUGAACGAGUUUGCCCGAAUUCUAUAAAUGAGCAUCAUAAAAAACAUCAGAUUGUUCGUGACGCCCUGCUGCAUUACUGGUACACGGGAGUUGAUAGAAGAGCCCAUUCUUCUUUUUGGUUGACUAAAAGACAUUGAUUGUAAAAUGAAACAGUUGAAAUGUACAAAGCCAGCUCUACUUUCCCUUAUAAUUUCUGUUUGACGCUGGCGGUUUAUCUAAAUACAUGUAUGUAUUGAUUGAAAAAUUAAUAUAUAUUGAAUCAAUUCUACAUUCAUCUGCUGAGGUUGACUAAAAAAUUUAAUAGGAUUAAACUCGGCUAUUCAGUGAACUGAGAAUCUACUGAAAGGGCACAUGUAGUGGAGGACAGAUCUCUACCAUCUAUGCAUUGAUAUGCUUACUUUAUUUAAUGCAAAAACUAAUAUUAACCAGGUAUAACAAAAUUACAUUUAUAUCAAUAUAUCUAUAACACAAAAGUACAUGUAUUGUAAUAGAGAUGAUACCCAACCCCAUUUAUUUGUUAAAAAAGUAGUGAUUCUUGUUUGUUUUAUGGAACAAAUUAAAUGAAAUAUUAAUAGUCAAUCAUAUUUACUGAAAUGUCAUAUACAUUGAAAAGUAAGUAGAUAGAAUAUUUUUUCUUCAUUUUAAUAGAUUAAGAAAACAGAUAUCAUAUUAUAGUUUAAAAUCUGGUGGUGAUAUUUUGUUGGAAACUGCAUGUGGCGAAUAUUUAUUUUUCUUUUUCUCAGACAAUUACUUUAAAAAAAAAAAUUGUUAUAUAUAUUUUUAAAGAAAGAUUAACAUGCACAUUUCGAUAUUAAAAUUGUUUUCUCAUUCACACUUCCAAUUUAAGAAACAGAGUUGAGCUAAACUAAAUUAACAUAAUUUUUCCUCUCACAAUAUUAUUAAAGCAGCUGUUAAGAUCAUCAUCCUGUGAAGUUAAGAGAGUAAACAGUAGGUAGAGCUUUAUCUUUUCAGGAAAUUUUAGGUAUGAUACACAAAAUAAACAGUGUUUAAACGUACUGAAACAAUGAUUUGAUUUUUGUGUUCUUUUACCAUCGAGUAUAUUAAAAUACAUCAAGGAUUACUUUAACCUGAUUUAUUGUCAUUUUAAAUGCACUGUAAAUAGCAAGAAAUAAAGAAAUCACUGGUCUUCUUUCUCAUUUUUUCUUAUUCUCUAACUCUUUUUUUCUGUUAGGCGAAAUGUCCCACAUAUCAUAUUAAUUGACAAGGCUAUGGUUAUGCAGACAAAUUAACAGACAGGCAGAGAUAAAGAAAAAAC